UUCUAAAUAUCAUUGAUCGAUUCCUUUCUUAGAGAGCCAAUUAGUUUGUAGUUUCCCGAAAAUUUCCUUCGUUUCUUCCUGAUUUUCUCUUCCUUUCUCGAGAAAAUAGUGAAAAAUGGGCACGGCGGUUCUUCAUUCCCACGAUUGCCUCGGGGGCCGAUUCCGUGACGAAUCUCUAACGAUGACCGCCUCGCAGUUCAGAUCCCUCCGUAACCCUAACCCUAGCCGUAACACUUUUCAGUCUCGCCGCCGUAAGCGGAGUCCUCAGUCGUCUUCACGUGAUCACGAUCGUACUCGGUCGAAAGAUGAAGCCAUGGUGGAGAAAUCUCCUGCGAUUAAUCUGGUUAUGGGUCAAGUCACGAUUUUGAAGCGAGGCGACUCGUUGAGUUUGACUGCGGGGAAGAACGAUCGGAGCCAUGGCGCUGUUGUCUCCGUCGAGAAAAGGAAACCGAGGGUGGCUAAGGUUGUUGAUGACGUUGAUUUGGGCCUUGGAUCGACGAAUCGGUUAGGUCCUGACCCCGAAAUGGUGAUGAAGCAGGUUAGGGUUUCGAAUUGCAAAGUUAUCGAUGAUUUUUAUGCGGGAUCGGGUGCCGCGUUCACAUCGCCACCGCCUAGUUCUCUGCCGCUACCUGGAUUUUUAGGAAAGAAUGAAGCGGCGACCUGUGAUUUGCGAAGGCUGUUGCAUCUCGAUUUUGAUUGAUCAAGAUAACUAGAAGAACCAGUGAUAGAAGGCGACCUUGAAGGGUUUGGUUCUUCAACCAUCUCUUCUGAUCGAUCGUUCAAUUUGUCUCAGUUUCUUCCUUUAUUUUUUCAAGAGGAAGAGUACUGAGUUUAAGCAGUAACGAUAAUCAAUCAUCUUCUUAGCCUCGUCGAAGAAGUAUUUUCUCCUUUGCUGCUAUUGCUGUACAGUAUUGUACUUGGAAACUGAUGCAAGGUUUAUUGGGUUUUUUAGAUCUGUAGUUUGUAAUGAGUCAAUAGACUCAGUACUGCGUUUGCUUUACUUUCUCUUUUAUAAAAUAGUAGUAGUAGUAGUUCCAUAGAUUUCGUUUACUACCAUUUCUGUGUAAACGGAUCAAUACAUACAAUCAGUACUGUGUUUGUAUUUCUAUGUUCUACUCUUACAUUUCGAUCAAAUAAUACUUUAGAUUCUGUUUCCUCCCA